AAAUAACUAAAAGUUCAUGAUUGGCCCAUUUCUAAUAAGCUUCCCCUAAUAAGAAUCUCCCAUGAUUUUCGAAGUAGGAACUUCGCAGAAAGGCACUCACGUAGCGGUCAAAUGAAAGCCGGGAGUUUAAAUUUGAAAUUCAGUUGAGAAUGAAUGAAUGAUAGAUUUUAAGAAGAAAAUGAACAUUUCGUAGAAUUGCUCCCUAAAAAGCACAAGAUACUCUGCACCCGGCAAAUGGGUUCUGGCAGGCAGAAUUGAAAUUAGAGAAGAAAAUGGAGGAAAUAUGUGCAGCUCACGCAAAGGAAUGGAGCGUCGAUUUGGACAUGGGUUUGCGCUCCAACAAGCCUGGUGCACAUGUUGAGGCAAUUAUGAAGAUGGGGCCAAGGCUUCAGAGGUGGAGCGAAGAACCUCUUGUCACAGCAUUGACAGAAAGCCUUUUUAAGCUAGAGUCCUGGCAAGAUAGAGCCUUUGCGAAUUCUAUCCUUCUUCGCCUUGCAGAUGUCUUUAGAACUGGAAAUAACUUCACACAACUGUGUGUUCUGAAAGUUUUCCUUUUAGAGUUAAAGAAGCAUCAUUUUCAUAAUAAUAGAGGUAAUUAUAAUGGUAUUCUUGCAAAAGAAAGAGUGCCUAACCAUCUUGAAAUGGUGAAAAGAGUAAAAGAAGUUUUUAGUAGUGGUGAUAUUGUGGCUAGGUCUUUAACCCUACGAGUUCUUGGUUGCUUGGCUGAUCUUGCCAAAGAUAGUGCAGAAGUACAACGGCUAAUAAUUGAUGCGACAGAUUCUCCUUACUCACUAGAGGUCAGUGCAGCACUAUUUGCUGCAGGUUGUCUAUGUGAGUUCUCAAAAGAUUUUUCAUCAAUUGUUUUGAAGAAGGUUAUUCAAAUGGUGAAUGCAAUGAGGACCAUACCUGAAACAAAGGUUGAAGCUAUAUACCUAUUUGCAAAGAUGGUUCACUCACCUACCCUUGCAUGUGGAGCACAAGAGGCUGGUAAAAGUUUGAUGUUGAAAUUACCAACGGAUGAGAUUGUAACAUCUACAUUGUUGUCACUGUCAAAACUUGCCAUUAGAUCAGUGGUGACAUUGGCAGACCAGGUUGAUCUGCUCUUAUCAUAUGCCAAUGCUGAUCCCCGUUACAUUGUUCGUGCAAUGUCAUUGAAAUGUUUCAGGACACUGUCUGCUAAAGCAAUUAGAUGCAUAUCUUUUCAUGGUAAAGGUUUUAAAACCCUGCUUGCUAUAGUCAAGGACAUGAGCUUACCAACAAGAAUACAUUGCCUCGCUCUACAAGUUCUAAGCAAGCUUUGCCAUCACUAUGUCACUUGUGUGGAUGCUCAUCAGCUUAUAGAAUUGGUAUCCAUAACAGAGAUUAGCUGUCUUCACCCUGAUUGGUCCAAAAGACAGGCAGCAGUUUCCUUGUUAGUGGAUCUAACAUGCAACAUUGAAAAGUUACGUCCAAAGGUCUGGGAUGAGGUUUCUUCAAACCAGCCAGGAACAGUUGUUCCAGAGGAUUCUUGGAGGACAACAGACAGGUACAAAAAUGAUUCUUCUCAGAUAGACCUUCCAGUACGAGUAACUUUAUUAGUUUUUGAUCAAAUUGCCAUAGAAUUUAAGAAUCAAAUGGAAAGGGAGUUCCCUGUAGAAAAUGCCAGACAUGCUUCCCCUGUAGUGAAGGAAAAAAUGGUUGCUUUGGCAAGAGAAGAACAUUUUUUAUUCAACAUUGUUUUACGUUUGGUGGGAGAGUGCCCUACUGUAUGUCAGACAGCCAUAGACUGUAUCAAAGGCAUGGUUGAAGCCCUUGUGAAAAGAAAAACUAUUGGCAAACCAGAGAACACAAAACCAUCUUCGGAAAACUUACAAAGCAGUGUUAACAUUGAUGUGGAAAUGCCUCAAUGCCUCAAUGAUGGCUGUGAAUUUAACAGACAAAAUACUCAUUUUAUAAAGCUCAUGGGCACUUUUUGUUAUUAUCUUUUGUUGUGUCUUGAUAAACUUGAUGCAGAAGGAAGACUUGAUUGCAGAGUUUAUAGUAAAGUGAAGCAGCUUACUAUAUGUGUUUCACAGCUAGAUUCUUCUAAUUAUCUUUUAUGCUAUUUAAUCCCAGCACUGUUGAAGUCAUGCCAAGCUCAUAAAUUUGUACUGGCAGAUGAAACACGAAUCAUGAAUGACUAUGAUGCUACAUAUGACAAAAUGAAAACAAUGGAAACAGAUCUCUGUGUUUUUCAAGACUAUUACUGGGCCCAAGAUGAAAAGUUAACUUUGGAUGUUGCAAGUGAAAUGAUUAAUAAGAGGAGUAUAUGGAGAGCUUACAAAAUUGGGAUGCAUGCUGCCUGUAAUGGUGCUUGGCUUGCGGCAAGUUCUAUAUUUCAAUGUCUGGUAGAAAGAGUGCAAUCAGAAGCCUGCUAUUGCUGGUUAAAAUCAUUGACACUGUUGGCGAAGGCUGAAAAUAAAAUAUAUGCUGUGUUGAUUUCAUCACAUGGAUUAAGAAACUUGGAUGAGUUCCAGGUGAUAACAGGAGCUGGAAAGCCAGAUAGAAGUGUCAUUGAAAGUCAUUCACCUGCUUCUCAUGAUUUUGAUUUUUUAAGUGAAUUUGUUAAUGUGAUGCCGGAAGCUCUUAAUCUGAACAUGACUGCCAUUCAUAGCAUGUCAGCUGCUGUUAAUCUAGAUAGAACGUUUGAAUUUCAGAGGUGGUUUCUGAAUCUCAGAGGAAAACUAAUAAAAAAUGCUGCAGAAUUGCUGGGAUUGUUGAGUAGAUAUUCACAUAUGAUGAAAACUAGAAUUAUUCAAGAGAAAACAUAUUCUAACAUGGAAGAGGGUCUCUGCAGUUAUCAGAAACAGAAUAUGCAAAGAAUUAAGUCCUUAAAGGCUGUGUUACUCAAAGUUUCUUCUAAAUUAUUAAGACUGGCUAGUGAAUUUGAUCUUCUCAAUACAUCUUUCAUUGAUAUUGAUUUUAAAAGUUUCCAGUGUAUCUCAAGCUCUGCACUUAGUUGCUCUUUACUGUCCUUUUGCACUCUUUUUGUUCUCCAUUUUCCAAAGGUAUCUAUUGGAGAUCACAAGACAAGCGUACUUUCAUAUGAUAUCAAUAAGCAGCCAUAUGUUGCAGUUAUUCAGGAUCUAGCUCAGCGUUUGCGGCAGAUGGAUGCUACAAUCUGGGAAGAACUUAUAUUGUUUUCCAGUGAGAUUGGAGAUGUGAACACAUGUUCAAUGGUGAUGACAUGUAUGUCUAGUUCCGGACAUCAACACAGAGCCAUCCUAAGGCUGUGUAAGCUGGCAAUAUCUGGAGUAUUAGAUAUACAGGAGCAAGCAAAAAGGAUAAAGCAUGAAACUGAAUUCUACAAAAUAUGCCAAAAUGGACUGAAGCUGUUAGCAGAUGUGACUCUGAAGUGGUUUCACUUUCCUUCACAGAUUCCUAAAUAUUUCUUUCAAACAAGGCCUCGCAUUGGUGUGGAGCUUUUUGCUGAAAACACGAACGAGAGGAAUAUUGAUGGAAUCUCUGUCCAGCAGGGUUUCCAGCUUCCUCUGAGUCUUUGUGUUCAGGUCAGAAAUAUCCUACCUGGGAGCUCUUGUAAGGUGAAGAAGAUUUGCUGUGUCAUGAUUAUUCAACCCUCAGACUGUUCACAGCGGACGACUUCAGAAUAUUAUGCUCAUUGGAGGCUAGGGUGGAGGAUGGAGGAAACACAGGAAGUGUUAGAAUUGACAGAGGAGUUGCUGGUACAUAUGAAACUGAUAACCAAGUCCAUCAAUAUAUCUAGAACAAAAACUGAGUUUAAGGAUGCAAGUUUUGAAAAGCCUAACCAGAAAGGAAAGACAUUUAUUAUGUUUGAAUUGGACAAGAAGGGACGAGGAUUUUCUACGUGUUUGUUGGAUGUCUCAUCACUGCCAUGUGGAUUAUAUCAAACGUCAUGGCUCUGUGCAUGCCUUGACAACAGAGGGAGAUUUUGGAGUUUGCAGCCUCUAAAUGCUGGUCCCAUCUUCAGAAUCAAGCCAGAGAAGAAUAAAUCAAUUUGAUAGCAUUUCUCACAACUUUUUUUUGUAUCAUAUUCUCUAUCUUAUGCAGUCAUAAAACAAAUAAUGAAACUGAAUGCACACUAUGAGGAGAGAAGAGAGUUGGGACUGUAAUGUAUGGAGUCUAUGGACAUUAGCUAAGUGCCAACUCAUAGCCCUUCAUCAGCAGUAUCAGUUUUUCGAAACAUAUUCUGUAAAUAACCAUGGCAAUCAUUCUUCAGUCUGUCAGUGGAUGAGCUAGAGCAAAGAGAUUUUCCUGUUAUCAAGAUGGAGAAAUCCAUUAAGGCAUUGCAGUGUUUUAUAGCAUACUCAAAGAUGAAUUGGAAGGGCAGGUAAUAGAUUGUGCCCUCUUAACAUUGCUUUAUGUUUGUUAUUUGUGAGCCAGCUCAGAUGGACAAAAUGCCCUCUAAUGGGAAGGGCUUCUUGUAAAAUAUUGGUACAAAUGACUUCUUUCCAAUAGAAAUUUCUACAGUGACUUCUUGUA